ACGGAUGGGUACACACGUUGUCGAUUCCCAGAGAACAUUUUGACCUGUGAGCAUCCUAGUCCUAAAGAUAUGGGCUCUUAAAUAAAAAACGCCCCCAAGUGACCGGUGACAUGGUGUCGUGGGGGAGAGGAAUGUGCAGCCGGAUGCUCGCCUAAAACUUCCCUUCAUGUGUCUCAGCCUAGCGAUGUCAGGAUUCCACAUGCCGUUGUCCUUGUGGUCGCUUCACGCAUCUCGAGUCAAGUCACCAUGAGCCACGAAGACACCAAUCCACUAUACUUAUCCCUAUAGAGGUGACGAUGUUGGGCACCAUAGGAGUCAUUUGUAGUCUCCUAUCACGACCAAUUGUUACUCUGUGAAGUUCAUGAUGUCCGGAUCACCACGGCUACAUCUCAUUGUGCAUCAGUCACUGCCUUCUCGAUAAAUGGUCGUUUGUCAGGUGAGCCGUAAGGUGCUGCACCUGUGACUCUGGCAUCAGACCAAACGAAGCCCUUGCUCCGUGUUUGCUUCCAGAUGUUGCGCCUAGUCCUCACAGGCUACAGUGGUCCGUUGGCCCACGCCCGCAGCGUGUAAACGAGCAGCCUUGUCCCCAAACCUCACGCCGAGCCCGCAAGUUUCACAGAUCCUCAAUCCAUCAUGGCAAGCCUCGAGGGCGCCUCCAAAUGGAGAGACACCUCCAAACGCACCGACAGUCACAAGGCUCAGAAGCGCAGCCCGCGUUUCACUCGACUAUCUUCCCCCGGUAUGCCUUCUCGACUGAGCCUAGGUGCAGAUGCCCACGACGAUGUGACAGCGCCCUCAAGGGGAAGAAAUGCACCGGCACAAUACAUGAAUCAGUCUAUCUUCUCUAUGAUUGCGGCGGCAGGGUCACGGACAGAUUUCAAUGCAAGAUUUGACGAGUCUAGCGACAGUGAAGAGGAGGCAGCCCAAACAAAGUCGUCAUUUGUUGACAGCAAAGGAACAUCUGUGAAUGAGAGGCAUGUAGCACGAGCUGCCGUGACAAAAGAUGAUGCCCUGUCUUCUACAAAGAGCAGCACAUAUUCUUCGUUAGUUCAUCCGUCGGAAAAUCUCCCGCCCUCUGCAAGCGCAUCAAGACUUAAAGACAAAGCACCAGCUAUACGUCAAGACUUCGGCCCAGGGAGCGACUCUGCAUCAGACUCGGGGAAAAGCAAUCCAAGAGACGCGCCUCUUCUGAGCAAACUCUUGACUGCCGAGGCCGAGUUCACAGAAAGUGGUGGCCAUCCCCCAAGUAUGCCACUGAUCGACGCCGUACCCGAAGCAGUCCUCGCUACACGUUUGAUGGAGAUUUUUGGAUUUGACGAACCAGAAAAGGUGUUGGCAGAAUAUCCAUGCUGGCUACUCCAAAGUGUACUUCUCCAGGGUUAUCUCUACAUCACAACAAACCAUAUCUGCUUCUAUGCCUACCUGCAGAGAAAAUCCCAUCAAGUCUCCAAAACCGGCUAUCUAGCGAAGAAAGGUCGGACAAACUCGAAGUACAAGAGAUACUGGUUCUCACUGAAGGGAGACGUGCUUUCAUACUAUUCUAAUCCUUCCAACCUUUACUUUCCCUCGGGCAAUAUCGAUCUGAGAUACGGCAUAUCAGCGCACGUGUCUUCAGACAAAGGCAAACAGAAAGAAUGCAAAGAUUUCUGUUUGACAACUGAUCAUCGCACAUAUCACUUCCGCGCAGACAGUGCCUCAAGUGCCAAAGAAUGGGUGCAAACCCUACAAAAGACUAUUUUCCGUUCUCACAAUGAUGGAGAUAGUGUCAAAAUAUCGUUGCCGGUGCAAAACAUCAUCGACUUUGAGGAGAGUCCUGUCGUCGAAUUCGCUGAGACAAUCAAAUUCAGGGUCCUGGAAAGCGAAGAUUCGUAUGCCGUUGGGGCUGUGGACGAGUAUUUCUUUUCCUUCUUCAGCUUUGGGCAGGACGCGCUACAGAACUUUCGCACUCUGCUCCCUGAAGCAGACGGCGCGAGGACUUCUGACGACGGACUGUUGUCCGCAGCACGGAAGGAUAUGAGCACAUUUAGUCCACAGGACAAAGCGGAUGUCCACGACCUACCUCGACGCGGUGGUCCACCGGCACAGUCUCCUCCUGCCCUCAAAGAGAGUGUGCGAGCAACUCUCUUACCACACCCCCUCCCUGAAAGCAGGAAUAUCUCUCCGAGGGUGAGUGGCGAGUUUUCUCAUGGUGAUAGUCCAUCGCGGUCAAGUGGUGAGUAUGGCCGAGGCAGCUUCAAGCGAGGCCGUAGAAGCGGAAGCACCAGUCGACUUGAAACAAACAUCCCCAGAAGACCCCAUUCACCUUUUGCUCAGCAUCAUGACUCGGAGGACUCGUAUGUUCAUUCCAUUGACAAAGAGACCGAUUCAUCUACAGCACCACUAUCGCCUCGAGCCGAAGCACAGAUGUCAGCCAGCCAGAUUCUCGACCGCAGCGAUCUAUUCCAUCCACCUGUUGUCCAUCGAAUGACAACACUUGCAUCUAUGUCCUCCGAAGGCCACUCUGAGGGCGGAACGGUCCUGUCCACGUCGCACCCCAACGACGCCACCUCGCCCGUUCCCAUGCGGGGGGCUGGUACGUACGGGAAGAAUAAGCAAUCCGGUUCGAAAGAAGAGGGCAUUGUGAAAACCGAUUCACCAACACUACAAGAGUUCGUCCGGGCUGGCUCGUACCGCCUUCCACGAGCAGGGCAGCUCGCCGGGUUUCUCAAGAAUCCGUCCAAAUCAGUGCUGAAGUAUUUGCCGACAGAGCCAAUGUCAUAUAUCGAGAAAGUCUCGGACAUGUGGUCGGGUGACAGGAAACAUUAUGGUGACAACGAAGGUGUCGUGCCCGGCGACAAGGGCAUCGAUCCGGAGGACGAAGAAACGAACGUCGGCCACGGAGAUCGGUUUCGUGCUCAUUUCGCCCUCCCGUCUACGGAAAAGCUGCGUGCCACAUAUUUUGCCUUCCUGCACCGAGUGCUCCCACUUUACGGAAAGAUCUACAUCAGCAAUCGCAAAUUCUGCUUUCGAAGCUUACUUCCCGGCACUCGGACAAAGUUGGUUCUCCCUCUGAGAGACAUUGAGAAUGCUGCGAAGGAGAAGGGCUUUCGUUUCGGGUAUCAUGGGCUGGUGCUGGUCAUUCGAGGCCACGAAGAACUAUUCUUCGAGUUCAGUUCGAGUGACCAUCGAGAUGACUGCACAGUGACUCUGUUGCACAGCCUCGAGAGUGUGCGAGAUAUGGCAGAGUCCGGCAUGCUUGCAAAAGAAGAGGAAGACGAUGCAGAGGCUGCCAAGGAAGAGCAUCGUAUGCUACAAGAGGCACGGCGGAGUUCGACUGGAGAUCACCAACUUGUGUUGCCUGAUACAGCUGAAGCCAUCUACAGCCACGAAGACACCCGGCCUAUACUGUUUGAAGGACCACGAGCUUCGAUCUCUAGCAUCAAACCUACAACGCCAUUAAAAAUUACGUGUCUAACGAUCGGCUCUCGGGGAGAUGUGCAACCAUACAUUGCCUUGUGCAAAGCGCUAUUGGCUGAGGGUCAUAAGCCCAGAAUUGCCACACACGCAGAGUUUGGCCCCUGGGUGUUGAAGCAUGGCAUUGACUUUGCCCCUGUCGAGGGUGAUCCGGCAGAGCUCAUGAGAAUCUGUGUCGAAAAUGGCAUGUUCACCUACUCUUUCCUACGGGAGGCAUCCGCGAAAUUUCGCAGCUGGAUUGACGAAUUACUCAGCUCGGCAUGGCAAGCCUGUCAGGAUAGCGAUCUCUUGAUCGAGUCGCCCAGUGCCAUGGCCGGGAUACACAUAGCGGAAGCGCUCAAGAUACCGUAUUUUCGGGCCUUUACUAUGCCAUGGACUCGCACCCGCGCUUAUCCCCAUGCAUUUGCGGUACCUGAACACAAGAUCGGUGGCGCGUACAACUAUUACUCGUACGUCAUGUUUGACAAUGUGUUUUGGAAAGCCAUUUCCGGACAGGUCAACCGAUGGCGUAAGAAGGAGUUGGGGCUGCGGAGUACCAACAUGGACAAGAUGCAACCCAAUAAGGUGCCAUUUCUGUACAACUUCUCGCCUCAUGUGGUUGUACCGCCUCUAGACUACCCUGACUGGGUACGAGUUACGGGUUACUGGUUCCUCGACGAGGCACAGGAUUGGACACCACCGGCCGAGCUCCAGAAAUUCAUCGAAAAGGCUCGCAAGGAUGGCAAGAAGCUGGUGUACAUUGGUUUCGGGUCCAUUGUGGUCUCGGACCCUGCGGCGUUGACUAAAACGGUGGUGGAAUCGGUGCUCAAAGCCGACGUGAGAUGCAUUCUGUCUAAGGGAUGGAGUGACCGUCUUGGAGAUCCGACGGCAGUCAAAACAGAGGUACCUCUGCCAGCGGACAUUCUUCAAAUCAAAUCUGCCCCACACGACUGGCUAUUCCGACAGAUUGAUGCUGCGGUUCAUCACGGAGGAGCAGGUACUACCGGAGCAAGUCUACGGGCUGGGGUGCCGACCGUCAUCAAGCCAUUUUUCGGGGAUCAGUUCUUUUUUGGUUCGCGAGUUGAAGAUCUCGGCGUGGGCAUUUGCAUGAAGAAGGUCAAUGUGAGUUUGUUCUCUCGCGCACUCUGGGAAGCGACCCACUCGGAACGGAUGAUUGUAAAGGCGCGGCUCCUCGGAGAACAAAUCCGCAAGGUAAGUUUCAAGUCGUCCAGGGUAUACUCCGAGAUGAGGAACGAGCUAACUUUCCCACCAGGAGAACGGAGUGCAGACCGCUAUCCAAGCCAUCUACCGGGAUUUGGAAUAUGCCAAAUCCAUCGUGGAGGAAAGAGCAAGCAAACAAGGAGUUCCUGCUGAUGACAGCGUGCCUUUGGACGAGGGCGAUAUCGAAGAAAGCUGGACUUUUAUUGGAGACGAGAGCGACCCUGAGCUUCAAAGACAGGUGCAGGGCUGGGAGUCCCCGACUCGAGUGAACGUGGACCGGGCGGGGCUGCGAAGUAUGCAAGGAGUCGAGCCGGUCAGGAAGAGCAGCGUGAGAUUCUGAGAGGCAUUCGAGGAUGAGACACUAAAGAGCCGCUCCGAGUCGGAAUGCCCUUGCGGUCAUUUCCGAGGAUUGUGGAUUGGGGCGAGCGCAGGCUCAGGUGUGUGUGCAUGUGCAGGCGUUUGAGCCUCCAGCCAGCGGGGAUCUGAACAAAGGCGUUUGGAUUUCUCUUGAUAUCUUUCCUAACGGUUGAUUGUUGAGCAAGAGCACUGAGGAAGCAGGGAUUCUCGAGUUUGAUGAAGAUGGUGAAGGUUUCACGAUGACUUUUUUGUGAAGCGAGCUACGAUACAAGAUUCAGAAUUGACGAUGUCACGUACGAUAAUGGAAGGCGCGAGGUGAUCUGGUUUAUACAUGGUACUCUCAAGUAGACCUAAUCAAGACGAACUAAUACUCUGUAAUGUUGAAGGAGACCUGUCUUGCCGAGAAGACCUGGCUUCUCUACCUGAAGCGCUACCUAGAGCAAGCAGAUCCUGUAGAGGUCCAGUCAUACGGGGUUGUCGGA